AUGAGUGCGAUUCAAGACGCCGAAGCCAACGAGUCUAUCCAGGUUCUCAUCACCAUGCACGAGAACAUGGAUCUCCUCGACUUUGCUGGCCCCCUUGAAGUCCUGACUCACGCUCAACACAAUAUCUCUGACCCAGACACCAAAGCCUUCGACAUUACCUUCGCUGCCGCGCAAGAAGAAGUCCUCACUGCCCAAGGCGUCACCUUGACCGCACACAUCUCCUACAAAGAAGCACACAAGCGCUUGAAAGAGUUUGACGUCCUCGUCGUUCCCGGCGGCAAGGCCAUGGAAAUUCUCAAACAAAGGGCGGAGCCCACACUGUUGGUCAAGGCAUUCGCUGACCUACAAACCGCCGACCCGGCCCGUGAGAGAACCGUGCUGGCAGUCAACACCGCCUCCCUGUUCCUUGCGCAGCAAGGUCUCCUGCAAGGUCUCGGUGCCACUGUCCAUCCAGACUUCUACAUCAAGCUGGAGAAAGAGUGUCAGGAAGCUGCAGCCAGAGACAUGGGUGAACGCACCGACGUCAUGGAAGAACGAUAUGUAGUGAACAACGCACGCUUCGACUUGGGUGAAGACCUCGACGAAAAUCCCUAUGUGUUCAAGAAGGGCCGCAAGAAUUCGACUGCCCGCAAAGGCAGUAUUGCGCGCAGGGAAUCCAACCUCCGUCACGAGAAUCUUGUCCGACGCCAGAGCAUGAAGCUCGGAGGCAUGCGAGUCAUUACUAGCGGUGGCACUAUCUGCGGGAUUGAUGCUAGUUUGUACCUCGUCAGCGCGCUCGUGAGCCACGAGUCGGCCCAGGAGGUCGCUCGUCUCAUGCAAUAUGAUUGGGUCAAGGGCGUGGUGGUUGAUGCCAUUGAUGUUUAG